GUCAGCAAGAUAAGCUGAAGGAGAGGUGGCAACAUCAUGUCCCACUCUGUAUAAGGAAACCGAGUAAACAACUUUGUAAGUGGAUUAUUUUUAGAGGAAGCUGAAGGAAAGAGCCAUUGCCCACGACGGCGAGCAGAAGCUGAAAACUUCCACAGGACCAGUGAACCAGACAUGGACCAAGGUCUGAGCAACAAAAAAUGUGAUUUCAAGAUUGCAGUGAACAACAAUAAUCACCACACAAAAGAAAUCAGCACUGACAGGCUUGUGGUGAGGCGGGGGCAGCCAUUCAGCAUUACUGUGAGCUUCACAGCUCCUAUACACAACUACCUGCAGCAGCUGAAGAGAACCUUCCUCAUAGUACAGACAGGAUCCCAUCCAUCCAAAGCAGAUGAAACCCAGAUUGAAUUCCCCAUCUCCAUCCUGGGAGAUCAAAAGCAGUGGAGUGCAGCACUAGAGGAGCAGGACUCAUGCUCCUGGACCAUCUCUGUGAACACACCUGCCAACGCAGCCAUUGGCCAGUAUGCUUUGCUCUUACGUGCCUCCAAAUCUUAUCAUCUGCUGGGCAGCUUCACCCUUCUCUUUAAUCCCUGGUGCCAAGAUGAUGAAGUGUUCUUGGGUAAUGAAGCACAGCGGCAGGAGUACAUCCUUAACCAAGAUGGUAUCAUCUACGGAGGGACUGAAAAUGCAAUUCUGGCACAACCCUGGGACUUCAGUCAGUUUGAGAAGGAUAUUAUAGACAUCUGCUUCACAAUGCUGGAUGUAGCUGAACACCAAGACAAGAAUCACACCCAGCGCAAGAACCCUAUCUAUGUCUGUCGCACAGUUGCUGCCAUGCUGAACUGUGAUGAGCUUAGAGGAAUCCUGACAGAAUGCAAGACAGGGGAAUACUAUGAUGGGACACACCCUUCCAAAUGGCUGGGCAGCAGCCCCAUCCUCCGUCAGUGGGCUGCAUCGCAGUGCAAGCCUGUCCAUUAUGGGCAGUGCUGGGUGUUUGCUGCAGUCAUGUGUUCAGUUCUGAGAUGCCUAGGAAUUCCCACCAGGGUGGUCACAGGCUUCACGUGGGCUCACAACACUAACAGCAAUCUGAGAGUGGACGAGUAUUACGAUGAAGAUGGGACACUGUUGAUGCACGAGAAGAGUGCCCGUGUCUGGACCUUCCAUGUUUGGAAUGAAUGCUGGAUAGUUCGAAGGGACUUGCUACCAGAGUACAGCGGGUGGCAGGCACUGGAUGCCACCUGCCAGGAGAAGAGUACAGGUUCAUCCUUCUGCGGGCCAGCCCCUGUUCAAGCCAUCAAGGAAGGGGACACAGAAGUGGAUUAUGAUGUCUGCUAUUUCUUUGCUGCCAUAAAUGCUAAGCGCCAGGUCUGGAUACACAAAGCAAGUAACAUCCUCAAGCCAGCUCUUGGUUGCACAAAGUACACUGGCAAUAACAUCAGCACCAAGAGUGUAGGCAGCGAACGCUGUGAGGAUAUCACACACAACUACAAGCAUCCUGAAGGUUCUCUUCAAGAAAAAGAGGCACUUGAGAAAGCCUAUAAAAAGAUACAGAAAACUGAGAAAACUUGCAGCAACAGCAAAACAGAAUUUAGUUCCAUUCCUACUGCCCUUGAAGAGCCAGUUAACCUUUUUAUCGACCUCCAAUCUGAGAAUUCUCUGCUACUGGGACAGGAUGUCCCACUUUCCAUUAAAGUGUUUAACCACAGUGGUGGAGAAAAAGCUGUGCACCUGGUACUCGGGGUCCAAUCUGUAUAUUAUAAUGGUGUACCCAUUACCCAGCUUUGGAAGGAAAAGAUUAAUUUUAUCCUCAAAAGCAAAGAAGCUAACACACUGCAGGUCUCUGUACCUUACUCACAGUACAGAAAAGACGUGGGAAAGAGCCAUCUGCUUAGGCUGACUGCCAUGCUGAGAGAUGAAGACUCCUUCUAUAUAUACUUUGCCCAGGAAGAGAUCAGCAUUUGCAACCCCCCUCUCACUAUUGAGGUUCCAGAAAACAUAAUACAGUACCAGCCAACCACAGCAGAGAUCAGUUUCCUAAACUCUCUCACCGAACAUCUGGAGAAGUGUGUCAUUCUGGUUGCAGGACGAGGGCUCAUUUACAGAGAGAGGAAGUACAGGCUGGGCUCUGUGCAGCCUACAAGCAUUCAAAAGCUUCAUAUCCCGUUCACCCCCACCCAGGCAGGGCCCAGAAGACUCACUGCAUGUCUGGACUGCAUUCAACUCCAGAACUUGAAGAGCUACAAAAGUUUCAACAUUGUAGCUGCCUGACACUCAACUCAGAACAGGUCCUGCUAUCCCCUUUUCAAAAGGGGUGGUCACAAUCUGUGCCAUGAACAUAAGGUAGGCUCUCUCCAUAAAAGAAACUUACUAGAAUGUAGACAAGCAUAAAUGUUAACAGUUUAAUUAAAGUCAUACUUAAAAUCA